GACUUCCGGCGGCAUUUUGAGGCGAUCCUCCUAGCGGCCUGAUAGUGUUUUCCUUGUCUUUUCUUACUCUCCAGUCUCUCUUCGUUCCUUUUUUUCCUACGUCCCAGGCUCGCUUGACCCUGGCGAAGCGGCAGGUGGGUUCCGCUCCCCAGCCAUCCCGGAGUCCCUCGGUAGCCGAGGACAGGUUCCCGGGAGCCGCGCGCACCUCCUUCUCGCUGUCGUCUUCCCGGGGCCAGGCGCGGGGACAGAGAGUCGCCUCCCCCGCUCCUUGGAGCGGCGGCGGCGGUGCCACCUCCGGACUGCGCUUGCGAAAGGAGCUCAGCGAGGAGUAGUACAAAAUGUCAAAAAUUAGAAGGAAGGUCACAGUGGAAAAUACCAAGACCAUAUCUGAUAGCACAUCCCGAAGACCCAGUGUAUUUGAGAGGCUUGGACCCAGCACUGGCAGUACAGCAGAGACACAGUGCCGUAACUGGCUGAAGACUGGCAACUGCCUCUAUGGAAACACAUGUAGAUUCGUACAUGGCCCUUCACCCCGUGGUAAAGGUUAUAGCAGCAAUUAUAGAAGGUCACCAGAAAGACCUACAGGGGAUCUUAGAGAAAGAAUGAAGAACAAGCGCCAAGAUGUGGACACUGAGUCCCAGAAACGAAAUACAGAGGAGUCAUCCUCACCUGUUAGGAAAGAAUCUUCAAGAGGGAGACAUAGGGAAAAGGAAGACAUAAAAAUCACUAAGGAGAGAACUCCAGAAAGUGAAGAAGAAAAUGUAGAAUGGGAAACUAAUAGAGAUGAUUCUGACAAUGGAGAUAUUAAUUAUGAUUAUGUUCAUGAGUUGUCAUUGGAAAUGAAGCGUCAGAAGAUACAGAGGGAAUUAAUGAAGCUGGAACAAGAAAACAUGGAGAAAAGAGAAGAAAUUAUUAUUAAAAAGGAGGUUUCACCAGAAGUGGUUAGAUCAAAGUUAUCUCCAUCACCUUCUCUAAGAAAAUCUAGCAAAUCUCCAAAGCGAAAAUCAAGCCCUAAGUCAUCAUCUUCAACUAGCAAGAAAGACAGGAAGAUGACUGCAGUAUCCUCUCCCUUGCUGGACCAGCAGAGGUCCACUUCCCCAGCAGGACAGCAUCAUUCUCCUCUAUCUUCUAGACAUCACUCAUCUUCCUCACAAUCAGGAUCAUCUAUUCAAAGACAUUCUCCUUCUCCUCGCCGAAAAAGAACUCCUUCACCAUCUUAUCAGAGGACAGUAACUCCACCUUUACGCCGCUCUGCUUCUCCCUAUCCUUCACACUCUCUGUCGUCUCCUCAGAGAAAGCAGAGUCCCCCAAGACAUCGGUCUCCAAUGAGAGAAAAAGGGAGGCAUGAUCAUGAACGCACUUCACAGUCUCAUGAUCGGCGUCAUGAAAGGAGGGAAGAGACUAGAGGAAAAAGGGAUAGAGAAAAGGACACAAGAGAAGAACGAGAGUAUGAACAGGAUCAGAGCUCUUCUAGAGACCACAGAGAUGACAGAGAACCUCGAGAUGGUCGGGAUCGGAGAGAUGCCAGAGAUACUAGAGACCGAAGGGAACUAAGAGACUCCAGAGACAUUCGGGAUUCCAGGGAGAUGCGAGAUUACAGCAGAGAUAACAAAGAGAGCCGCGAUCCCAGAGAUUCUCGGUCUACUCGUGAUGCCCACGACUACAGGGACCGUGAAAGUCGAGAUGCUCAUCGAAAGGAGGAUGCAUAUCAGGAAGAAUCCCGAAGUUAUGGCAGAAACCAUUUGAGAGAAGAAAGUUCUCGCACUGAAAUAAGAAAUGAGUCCAGAAAUGAGUCUCGAAGUGAAAUUAGGAAUGAUCGGAUGGGCAGAAGUAGGGGAAGAGGUCCAGAGUUACCUGAAAAGGGAAGUCGAGGCACAAGAGGUUCUCAAAUUGAUAGUCACAGUAGUACUAGCAACUAUCAUGACACCUGGGAAACUCGAAGUAGCUAUCCUGAAAGAGACAGAUAUCCUGAAAGAGACAACAGAGAUCAAGCAAGAGAUUCUUCCUUUGAGAGAAGACAUGGAGAGAGAGACCGUCGUGACAACAGAGAGAGAGAUCAAAGACCAAGCUCACCAAUUCGACAUCAGGGAAGGAAUGACGAGAUUGAGCGUGAUGAAAGAAGAGAGGAACGAAGAGUAGACAGAACGGAUGAUAGAAGAGAUGAAAGGGCCAGGGAAAGAGAACGGGAAAGAGAGCGGGAGCGGGAGCGAGAGAGGGAACGGGAGAGGGAUCGGGAGAGAGAGAAAGAAAGAGAACUAGAAAGAGAGCGUGCUAGGGAACGGGAGAGGGAGAGAGAGAGGGAGAAAGAGAGAGACCGGGAAAGAGAGAGAGAUCGGGACCACGAUCGAGAGAGGGAAAGAGAGAGGGAGCGAGACAGGGAAAAAGAGCGGGAGCGGGAGAGAGAAGAAAGGGAGCGGGAGAGAGAGCGGGAGAGGGAGAGAGAGCGAGAGCGAGAAAGAGCAAGAGAAAGGGAGAAAGAGCGAGAACGCCAGAGGGAGUGGGAAGACAAAGACAAAGGACGAGAGGACCGCAGAGAAAAGCGGGAAGAUAUCCGAGAAGACAGGAAUCCAAGAGAUGGGCACGAGGAGAGAAAAUCAAAGAAGCGCUAUAGAAAUGAAGGGAGUCCUAGCCCUCGUCAGUCACCUAAGCGCCGGCGAGAACAUUCUCCUGACAGUGACACCUACAACAGUGGAGAUGAUAAAAAUGAAAAACACAGACUCUUGAGCCAAGUUGUUCGACCUCAAGAAUCUCGUUCUCUUAGUCCAUCCCACCUUAUAGAAGACAGGCAGGGUAGGUGGAAAGAGGAAGAUCGUAAACCAGAAAGAAAAGAAAGUUCAAGGCGCUAUGAAGAGCAGGAGUUCAAAGAGAAAGUUUCUUCUGUAGAUAAGCAGAGAGAACAGACAGAAAUCAUGGAGAGCUCAAGAACUCGUUCACAAGACAUGAUAGGACACCACCCAUCUGAAGAUCGAGACACAUCUGAUCGAGCUCAUGAUGAAAACAAGAAAAAAGCAAAAAUUCAAAAGAAACCUAUUAAGAAAAAGAAAGAAGAUGAUGUUGGAAUGGACAGGGGUAACACAGAGACAACGUCUGAAGAUGGUCAAGUAUUUUCACCAAAAAAAGGACAGAAGAAGAAAAGCGUUGAAAAAAAGCGUAAAAGGUCCAGAGGUGAUUCUGACAUUUCUGACGAAGAAGCAGUCCAGCAGAGUAAGAAGAAGAGAGGCCCACGGACUCCCCCUAUCACAGCCAAGGAGGAACUGGUUGAAAUGCCCAAUGAUAAGGAUGGCACUAUGGAGGAUCCUCAGAAGAAAGAAGAUACAGCGUUCAGUGACUGGUCUGAUGAGGACGUGCCUGACCGUGCAGAGGUGACAGAACCAGAGCACGCUGCCACAGCUGCUACUCCUGGAAGGACUCCUUCCCCGUCUUCUCUUCCUCCUCCUCCUCCUCCUCUUGCCACGACGAUGACUUCUGCUGCCACCACCUUCAACACAUUGACCACCACCAUUUCCACCUCUUCCACCCCAGCCAACACCACCAACACUUUUACCAGUGAAGACUCACAUAGAAAAUGCCACAGAACACGAGUGGAAAAGGUAGAGGCACCUCAUGUUACUAUAGAAGAUGCACCACAUCGCAAGCCAGUGGAUCAAAAGAGGAGUAGCAGCCUUGGCAGCAAUCGGAGUAAUCGUAGUCAUACAUCUGGCCGUCUCCGCUCCCCGUCCAAUGAUUCUGCACAUCGAAGUGGGGAUGACCAAAGUGGUCGAAAGAGAGUACUGCAUAGUGGCUCAAGAGACAGAGAAAAAACAAAAAGUCUAGAAAUCACAGGAGAGAGAAAAUCUAGGAUUGAUCAGCUAAAGCGUGGAGAACCCAGUCGAAGUACUUCUUCAGAUCGCCAGGAUUCAAGAAGCCAUAGUUCAAGAAGAAGUUCUCCUGAGUCAGAUCGACAGGUCCACUCAAGAUCAGGGUCGUUUGACAGCAGAGAUAGGCUUCAAGAGCGUGAUCGAUACGAGCAUGAGAGAGAGCGGGAGAGAGAGAGGAGAGAUGCACGGCAGAGAGAAUGGGAGCGAGAUGCCGAUAAAGAUUGGCCCCGGAACAGGGACCGAGAUCGACUACGGGAACGGGAGAGAGAACGAGACAAAAGGAGAGACUUGGACAGGGAAAGGGAGAGAUUAAUCUCUGAUUCUAUGGAAAGGGACAGGGAGAGGGACAGAGACAGAACUUUUGAGAGUCCUCAAAUAGAGUCUGUAAAACGCAGUGAAGCAAAACUGGAGAGUGAACAUGAAAGAGACCUAGAAGGCGCUUCCCGGGACUCUUUAGCUUUGGAUAAAGAAAGAAUGGAUAAAGAUCUAGGAUCUCUGCAGGGAUUUGAAGAUACAAAUAAAGCUGAGAGAACAGAGAGUAUGGAAGCAGGAGAUGACGAAUCCAAGUUAGAUGAUGUGCAUUCGUUAGGAUCUGGUGCUGGAGAAGGAUAUGAGCCAAUUAGUGAUGAUGAACUAGAUGAAAUUCUGGCAGGUGAUGCUGAAAAGAGGGAGGACCAACAGGAUGAGGAGAAGAUGCCAGAUCCAUUAGAUGUGAUAGAUGUGGACUGGUCUGGUCUUAUGCCAAAGCAUCCAAAAGAACCACGAGAGCCUGGGGCUGCACUCUUAAAAUUCACGCCUGGAGCCGUUAUGCUGAGAAUUGGGAUCUCUAAAAAGUUGGCUGGUUCUGAACUCUUUACUAAAGUCAAAGAAACAUGUCAGAGACUUUUAGAAAAACCCAAAGAUGCAGACAAUCUUUUUGAACAUGAAUUGGGGGCUCUCAACAUGGCUGCAUUACUACGAAAAGAGGAAAGAGCAAGUCUUCUUAGUAAUCUUGGACCAUGCUGUAAAGCAUUAUGCUUCAGGCGGGAUUCUGCAAUCCGGAAGCAGCUUGUUAAAAAUGAGAAGGGCACCGUAAAACAAGCUUAUACAAAUGCUCCAAUGGUAGACAAUGAACUCUUACGACUGAGUCUUCGAUUAUUUAAGCGGAAGACUACUUGCCACGCCUCAGGACCUGAAAAGACUGAAGAUAAUAAACUCUCACAGUCCAGUAUCCAACAGGAACUGUGUGUGUCUUAA